AUGACCGACGCAGAAAAAGCAUUGGAAUCGAACGGGUCCGAACCAACAGAGGUGCCAACCAAGCCCUCUUUUCCAGAAGGAGGUCUCAAAGGAUGGCUUGCAGUGCUGGGGGGAUGGUGUGUGAUGUUUAAUACCUUUGGAUAUAUCAAUGCCUUUGGAAUCUACGAAUCAUACUACAAAGCCACAUUCCUGCACAACCAAAGCGAAUCAAGCAUUGCAUGGAUCGGCUCCCUGCAAGCCUUCUUCAUGUUCUCCGGCGGCCUGAUCUCUGGCCCGAUGAUGGAUCGGUAUGGACCCACGCCCAUUCUCAUUCCAUGCUCCACACUCUUCAUCGCCUCCGUCAUGCUCACCUCCCUCUGCACCAACUACUACCAGUUCCUCCUCGCGCAGGGCGUUCUCGGCGGCCUCACAAACGGCCUGACCUACACACCCGCCGUGACAGCCAUCAACCAAUACUUUUUCCAGAAAAGACCCCUGGCCAUGGGCAUUGCCUCGAGUGGAUCGUCCCUCGCAGGCGUCAUCUUCCCCAUUGCCCUGAACCGCAUGCUCCACAACUCCCCCCUUGGCUUCGGAUGGUCUGUUCGGUGUCUGGGGUUCCUCAUGCUGGCAUUGAGUCUGAUCUCCUGUGCUGUGAUUACUUCCAAUGCGCCUCCCCGGAAGAGCGGCGCUCCCUUCUUGCUGGUGGCUUGGAAACAGCCGCAGUAUUCCUUGCAGAUUCUUGGGCUGUUCUUGGUGUUUUGGGGUCUUUUUGUGCCGUUCUUUUAUGUCCCGGGCUAUGCGGUGUCGAUUGGUCUCUCGGUUGACAUGUCCUUCUAUCUGAUUGCUAUUCUCAAUGCCGGAUCGCUCUUUGGUCGUCUUUCUGGGGGCGCUUUGGCGAAUCUGGUCGGCCGGUUUAAUACUCUGACGGGGGCCUCGCUGAUCUGUGCGGUGUUGAUCUUUUGCUGGUUGAGCGUCUCUUCUCAGGGUGGUCUGGUUGUUUUCUCGGUCUUGUUUGGCUUCUUUUCUGGAACGGUCAUUGGCUUGUUCCCGGCUACUAUUGCUAUGACUGCGAGUCGGCCUAAUGAGAUUGGCUCCUAUAUGGGAAUGGCCCUGGGCGUGCUGAGUCUUUCUACGCUUACGGGCACGCCUAUUUCCGGAGCGAUGAUUAAUAGCUAUGGGUCAUAUCAGCCUGCUAUCAUUUUUGCCGGCGUGGCGACGAUGUUGGGGGGCGCUAUUGUGUUCGGGGCUCGGGCCGUUUCUGCAGGCAAAAUUGCGUAA